GACCGGCCCGACCGGGGCCCGCCCCCGGCGCUCACCAUGUACGCCUUUGUGCGGUUCCUGGAGGACAACGUCUGCUACGCGCUGCCCGUGUCGUGCGUGCGCGACUUCAGCCCCCGGUCGCGGCUGGAUUUUGACAACCAGAAGGUGUACGCCGUGUACCGGGGCCCGGAGGAGCUGGACGCCGGGCCCGAGAGCCCCCCGCGCGCCCCCCGCGACUGGGGCGCGCUGUUGCUCCACAAGGCCCAGAUCCUGGCGCUGGCAGAAGACAAAUCUGACCUUGAAAACAGUGUGAUGCAGAAGAAAAUAAAAAUCCCCAAACUUUCUCUCAAUCACAUAGAAGAAGAUGGGGAAAUUAAAGAUUACGGGGAAGAAGAUUUACAGCUUAGACACAUCAAGAGACCUGAGGGGCGGAAGCCGAGCGAAGGGGCACACAAGAGCAUCGAGGCAGUGGUGGCCCGGCUGGAGAAGCAGAACGGCCUGAGCUUGGGCCAUAGCACGUGUCCAGAAGAGGUCUUCGUGGAGACCUCCCCGGGCACGGAUGACAUGGACAGUCUGGAGGAUGCUGUCGUGCCCCGGGCUCUGUACGAGGAGCUGCUGCGCAACUACCAGCAGCAGCAGGAGGAGAUGCGCCACCUCCAGCAGGAGCUGGAGCGGACUCGGAGGCAGCUGGUCCAGCAGGCCAAGAAGCUCAAGGAGUACGGGGCACUCGUGUCUGAGAUGAAGGAGCUCCGUGACCUCAACCGGAGGCUGCAGGACGUGCUACUCCUGCGGCUUGGCAGCGGUCCCGCCAUUGACUUGGAAAAAGUAAAGUCAGAAUGUCUCGAGCCCGAGCCGGAGUUACGGAGCACUUUCAGUGAGGAAGCAAAUACGUCGUCCUAUUACCCCGCUCCUGCGCCUGUCAUGGACAAGUAUAUCCUAGACAAUGGCAAGGUCCAUCUGGGAAGCGGGAUUUGGGUUGAUGAGGAGAAAUGGCACCAGCUACAAGUUACCCAAGGAGAUUCCAAGUACACGAAGAACCUGGCAGUCAUGAUUUGGGGAACAGAUGUUCUGAAGAACAGAAGCGUCACAGGAGUUGCCACAAAAAAAAAGAAGGAUGCAAUCCCUAAGCCACCCCUCUCACCUCACAAACUAAGCAUUGUCAGAGAGUGUUUGUAUGACAGAAUAGCACAAGAAACUGUGGAUGAAACUGAAAUUGCACAGAGACUCUCCAAAGUCAACAAGUACAUCUGUGAAAAAAUCAUGGAUAUCAAUAAAUCCUGUAAAAAUGAAGAACGAAGGGAAGCAAAAUACAAUUUGCAAUAAACUUUUGAUUUUUCUUAAAGCCUUCGCAUUUUCCUUGUGUAGCGUGUGAUUUGCGAGCGAUGGCGACAUCUAAAUCAGACCCUGCCAUGUUUGGUGGGGUGUGGGCAGGGAGCAGGCAGGGCUCUCGGGACAGUGGCUUGUUCCACACUUGGACUUUCCACUCCAAAGAAGGCAGAUGGAUUUGUUGAGACUCAGGCAGCAACCUGGCACCGGUGUCCUUCUGGGGAUGGGAAAAACCCUUUUCUAAGGGGGACAAAGUGUCUCUGAGUUGCCUAUCACUUGACCCAGAAACUGAACUGAAAUUUUCACCAUUCAAGGACUUCUAUCUCUGUUCUCUAUUUUGUUUUAUAAUAAAGCUUCAUUAAUUGUUUGUUGUAGACAAUCAUUAUUUUCAUUUAUUUAAAUGUCUAGAGGAGGUGACUGUCGGGGGCAGCCUGGAAUGCCCUUCCAUUGAGGGCAGGACAUUCAGGCUGACGAAGAGAAAAUCAUGAGGGAUCUGGUUGCUUGCUGUCUGCAGAUGUACAAGGCUGUCUGGAACAGAUUACUCUCUCUGACUUCAAAGGACAGAUGUAGGACCACUCGCCUUUCUAACCCAAGGUGGUCUGAGAUUCCGCUGUCCUGAUAAUUCAAAUCAGUGUUUGUGAAGGAGUGUGUGACGGGGGUAAUGUUAAAUAUGGUCCAGGGUUACAUUCAGGGGGUUGGGGCUGUGUCACCUCGUGCCAGUGCAUUCAGCCUACCUUGUUAUCUUAAAUUAUCUUGCAAAUUACAUGAUUUCUAUCUUAUUCUUUAUUCAGUUGCUGAGUCUCUAAGGUGACUGGCACACAUUCUGGCAAACCACAUUCAAUCUUCCUGUUGACUUGCACUUUUCCUUUGCAAGCCUGGAGAGUAAAGCAUAGUAUAUUGAAAAUGUAAGGGCUUUGGGCCAGCACUCCUGGGUUCUGAGCCUGGCCCCCCAUGCCUGCUUUGGGCUUAACCUGCUCUGAAUUCCGGUUUUCUAUUCCAUAAAAAAGAGAUAAUGCCUAUCUCACUGAAUUGUUAUAAGGAUUAGAGAAUAUAUACAUAAAUAUAUAUAACGUACUCAAUAAAUAUUGCCAAUCAUUGUCAUCUUCAGUUCUGAUUAUUAGCUUUUGAGCAUUGGUUAGAAAAUGCCUCUGGUUUCUCUACUGGUUUAUCCAUUAAUUGUUGGUCUGAAAGCAAAAGCUCAGGGUCACUGGUGGCUGCCACUUUGGGGAACAUUUAUUUUAGUAAAUAAAAAUAAUCCUUUGUAAUGUGAAAUGUCAUGUGCUUGCUAAUUAAA